GCUCCGCGUGCAGCUGCAACGGCUGCCCCAAUCUCAUUUGCGCCAUCCCAAUAUUUCGAAGGGAAUGAUGGAAAAUGGUCCACAUUUGUAGUGCGAGUUGGCACACCCGAGCAGAGCUUUCGUGUCCUGCCAUCUACGGUCUCUAGUGAGACAUUCCUCCCAAUGGCCGGUGCUUGCAAAGAUGACGAACACAUGAGCACGGUCGGUUUAGCUCCUAAAGACUGUGCCUUUUCGCGUGGUGCGGAGUUUUACCAGGGCCGAACGAACAAUGGCUUCCAGGCCGAUCUGUCCAGCACAUGGCACGAGAUUGGUAUCUACCAAACAACGAACCGCGAAGAGCUGGGUUACAAUGCGUCUGGUCUCUACGGUCUAGAUACCUUGGGGCUGAUGAUCGCGAAUUCCGGAGGACCCACUUUAGAAAAUCAAACGAUCGGUGCUGUGGUGAAUCCGCGUUUAUGGGUUGGAAGGUUAGGGAUGGACAUAAAGCCUAGCAAUUUUUCAGAUUUUGCGAAUCCGCAACGAAGUCUGAUAAAAACUCUGCAUGAGGAAGGUUAUAUACCAAGUCUGAGUUAUGGCUAUACAGCUGGCGCAUACUACAAACAACCGAACGUCUAUGGGAGCUUGACUUAUGGUGGCUAUGACCAGUCACGAUUCGUUCCCAACGGUGUCAUGUUUCCCUUUGAUGCCAAUGAUAGUCGCAAACCUAGUCUGAAGAUACAGACAAUAAUAGGGCAAAACCUGUCUGGUGAGACAAUCAGUCUCCAGGAAGGGGUCGUGCCAUAUAUGCUGGUCGACUUUGCAGAGCCACACAUAUGGUUGCCAGUGUCGACCUGUGAGCAGUUUGCACAGGCUUUCAACUUGACAUACGACAAUAGUACUGACCUGUACUUGGUCGACUCUUCAACUCACGCAAAGCUCGUGGAGCAAAAUCCAACCAUCACCUUUGGACUUGGUCAAACAGCAUCCGACCUCUCAGGCCGGGUCAACAUAGUGCUGCCCUAUAGCGCAUUUGAUCAGCAGGCUUCUUACCCCAUAUAUGAGAAUGCAACCAACUAUUUUCCGAUACGAAGGGCAUAUAACGAGACUCAGUACACCUUGGGACGUACCUUCUUCCAAGAAGCGUAUAUAAAGAUUGAUUAUGAUCGAGGGAAUUUCUCUAUUCAUCAAGCGCUGUUUCCAACAUCCGGAGCCAAACAGGAAGUCGUCCCAGUGUUCAGUCCAACUGAGAUAUCGCACCUCCAAGGCCAAAGACCACUGAGUAAAGGUGCGAUAGCGGGAAUAGCAAUAGGCAGCAUACUCCUGUUAGCAAUUGCAUCAUUUUUGGGACUCUGGGUUUGUCGGAAGAGGAGGAAGACAAAAGCGUCACAACAG